AUGGCCUCUCAGGCCCACACCCCACCUUCCUGCCCACCCAGCGCCCCCUCGCUGCUCCUGCCUGCCUUCCCUGGGACGGCUCUGCUCGUGACCUCAGCCGAUGCCCCGGGGAGCAAGCUGAUCAUCAAGUUAAAAAGAGAAGGCCCCAUGAUGGGGGGCGCCGAGGAAAUACCCCGGACUCAGACUUUCUUUCUGACAGGGAUGCCACUGGGCUGGGCCACCCAGCGCCGGGAUGGGCCAGGAGGCCCCGGUAUCCGCACAGUGUUGCUGGCAAAAGCUGGCGAGGAGCCAGGUGGUAGGAAACAGAGAGUGCCAGAGGCCAUGCCAUCUGCCCGAGCGCCCCCUCCCAGUGAUGCCUCCUUUGCCUGUACCUCCAAGGGGGUUUAUGAGAAUUAUCGGCGCUGGCAACGCUACAAGGCCUUGGCCAGGCGCCAUUUCCCUGCCACGCCUGAUGCCGAAGCUCUCGCCUGUUUUUUCAUCCCCGUCCUCCGCUCACUGGCACGCCUGCGCCCCGACAUGACCCUGGAGGAUGGGGUCCCCCGUGCCGUGCAAGAAUGGGAGCACAGCAGCAACUUUGAGCGCAUGAUCUUCUACGAAAUGGCAGAAAAGUUCAUGGAGUUUGAAGCAGAAGAGGAACAACAGAUCCAGAAGAUGAAGCUCUUGGCCAGUUGCUCUCAGUUCCAGGCCCCAGCUCCCAAACCCAACAAGCCACCUCCGUCCCCUGCCCCUGAGCCUGGGCAGCAGCAAGUCUACAUCCCCAAGAAGUCAGCUUCCAAGAGCCGCCAGCCUCGGCGUCGCCAGCGUCGCCCGCCCAGCACUUCCACCCCAGGAGCGCCCAGGGAGAUCCCUGCCGAGGCUGUGCACCAGUAUGCCGAGAUCAUGGAAGGCCUGGACACGAGUUGGGAGGAGGAAGAGGACGAGAAGAAAGAACAAGGGGUGUGCAGCAACCCCCAAGAGCAGGAAGAGGGGGCCUUCCCAGAUCCUGCCCUGCUGCAGUAUAUCGACCAGUUAUGUGAUGAUGAAGAAUUUGUUUGUAAGGUUGAAGCUGUCAUUCAUCCACAGUUUAUGGCUGACUUGCUGUCUCCGGAGAAAAGCCAGGAUCCUCUGGAUCUGAUGGAGGAAUUGGCGGAGGAGCUAAACUUAACACCAAAUCAGCUGACAGAGAAGAGACUCCUGGCGCUGUCAGAAGAAGAAAGGGAGCCCUCUGUCUACCCUACAUCCCAUUCUGACUCCACCCCCUCGCAGUCUGAGGAAGAGGACGAGGUCAGUGGUAAUGGAAAAGGAGAAGAUGCAGCAUGCCAUGCCCCGAAGAGGCCUUUGACCAGCAAAGUCAUUAGAGGCAACCAGCCAGAACUGCCUAUGCCAGCCACCAGUUCCCCACUGGCACACCAUUCGCAGCAACCAGGCUUUCCACCAAAGGCAGAGAGUUCUCCUCCUCACAAAUGUGGCACCCAGGACUCUCAGGAAGCAAACCUGCUACUUUCCAUGAAGAGCACAGAUGGAGAGGAGACCCAGAACUCACAGGGACCAGGUGGCCAGGUUCAAAGUCAUGGGAGCUCUUCUCAUAGCCAGUGGGUCACAUUGGAAGCUGCUCCUGGUAUAACAGGAAACGCCAGUGUUACUGGGAACUUAACUUCCGAAGUGGACAACAAGGCCAAGCAAGGUAUUGCAAGGCCCCAUGCCUUGGAACAUUCAAAGCAAGAUGGCGGCCAAGAAGGAAAGGUCAAGCAGCAUGCUACAGGGCAAGGCAGCCUUGCUGUCAAAGGACAGCUCCAUAAUAGGAUGGAGCUGGUUUGGAAUAAUCUAGAAGCACCCCACAACAAAUGUGAAAAACAAGAUGUUAUCCAAAGAGCGGAGGUCAAAUGUCUAAAGAAGGCUCAUGCUGUCUGGAAAAUACAGGAAGGUGAUCCAAAAGGGACCGACCAUAAUAGCCAAGGCCUAAACAAAAUGUUAUUAUGGGAUCGCAUAGCAGCAGAAAGGACUCUGAGGACGACUUUGAAUGGGCAUGGGGGACAAAAUGUUGACUCUGCAGAAAAGGCCAGAGGUCAACUCCAAGUUCAAAGGAAUGGGGGGCCGAAGGAUAUCUCCAGUAGAAGAGAACUUGACUGUCAAGGUAAGGAGAUGACAUCUCACCCAGGCAACCAGAUGAAACAGGAACUCCGGCAGGUUGAAUGUGAAAAGCAAAAUGGCUGUCAAGGAGAAGUAGCCAAAGAUCAACUCCAGUCCCAAGGCAUUUCUAGAGGGGUAACUGUAGCUCAGUUUGGAGGCAUCAAGCCAUGUGGGAAAAGCUCAGCAGCGCAAGACAGUCUAGCAACAACGAUAUCAGUAAAGGACAAUGGCUUAGUCAAAAGUGUACAGUUGCCUGCAGAUAAUAUAUCAUUAGAAAAACAACCAAUUUCCACUAGACAAGAUGGCCAACAGUCCAUUGACUCACCUGUGUUGGAAACAGAUGAAGGAACUAAAAAGUCACAUGUUGAACUUAGCCAAGGAAACAGACAAAAGUUGACUUUAUCCGAUUCUACUCGGAUAGGGUUGCUUGAAGAGCAGCCCACAGGCACAGAUUCCGAGCAUGUGCCAUAUUUCACCCUCUCAGUACUGGAGCCUCAAUCUCCAAGUAUCCAGAAGUGCCCUGAGAUAUUCCAAAAGUCUCAGUGGCCACUCACAGAUCAGUGCAAAGUCACGCCUUGGGUGGAAAACCUUCCAGGUGACAAGCAAAACCCAGAUCCCACGCCAAACCCUUCAAGCUACAUUGCCACAGCGGAAGCUGAUGGAGGCAGCUGCAGUCCAGGUGGAGCUCACACUCCUGUGACUGCCAGUUCUGGGAAAGGGGGAACAGCGUUUCCACUACAACAAGGUGGAGGAAGCAGUGGAGGCAGCCAUGGAAAUGAUGAGCCCAGUCAGAGAUCUGAGUCUAGUGAUCUGCUCCCUUCUAAAGCCCACAGGGGGGCCAUCAGUUCAGAGAGUAAUGCAAAGAACCUGAGUAAGGGGGAAAGGGGAGAUUUGCUUGAGAGAGUCACCGUGGGAAAAGGCCUGCUUCCAGAACUCCCCGGAGGAAGCGUGGAAGACAUCCUUAAAUGUGGCGCUAAAGAAGACGACGAAGAGGAGGAUGAGGAGCUAUCUAGCUUCUCCUCCUUGCUUGCCUCCAAGCUCAGCCUCUCCCCUCACAGUGCCCUUGCGCCUCUCACAAGGGAGCAAGGGGACACGCUGUCCUCCUCACCCACGGAUGCUGGGAAGCAAGGUGCUAAGACAAGGCAUUCCACGAGGGCGCAGGUGCCCCAUAAUUCCACCACCCGACCAAACAGGAGUCCGGAAGCCAACACAGCCGCCCAGCACAGUCACAAGAGAAAGAACAAUGGCUCAGGUACGCGGAGGAGCAAGCGCCUUCGCAACCAGUAACAGAGCUCCUUUCUUUCAAUGGAGGCUGACUCCAGCAAACCCUGGUAAAGUCUCUUAAAAGUCCCCGUUCUGGCAGCUGCCACCUGUGCUGAGAUUUCAGAGCCCCGCCAUUACUCAAAAUAGUACGGGUAACAGGGAAAAGACUGCGCCAAAAUACCUUGACCGAGUCACAAGCUGCCUAGAUACGCUUCCUGUGGGACUUGACAGAGACCCCCCCACCCUGCAUUUGUUCAAAUUUCUUAGCAAAUUAAAAGAGAUAUUGAAUCCAACUUGCUUGGCUGAAAGCAUGGCUCUGAAAGCUCCACCUUCGGAGACUACCAGCCGGCCUAAUAUCGAACUCAGGUUAUCCUGCGCCGAUCUGUUUUGGAAUUGAAAAGGAAGGC